CCUAGAUUGUAAUUUUUUUAGAUAUAUAUGAGAUGCCUAGUUUUGUAGAUAAUUAUGAGAUGUUGAGUUUUGUAGCUAUAUGUGAGAUGUUGAGGUUUUUUAGAUAUAUAUGAAAUGUUUAGUUUAUUUGAAAUAUGAGAUGUUGAUUUACUUGAACACAUAUGACAUACUAGAUAUAUAUGAUAAUUUACAAUCAUUUAUUCAUUGUGUGAGAAGGAGAUGUUGAGAUUCUUGUAGAUGAAUACAUAUGAGAUGUUUAGAUGAACACAUAUGAAAUGUUGAGUGUUUACCGAUAUUUGAGAUGAACUCAUAUAUGUUUAUUGUUUGAAAUUUGUAAGGAUGGUUUGGCUUCUCGACGAUGUCUACAACACGAAACACCGGGCCUACAUGAUGCGCGAGAAGGAGAUGAAGCUUGAACCUUUGAAGAUUCGGUAUCACGGGGUCUCUGGUCCUGCCAUGCCUUACGAUGAGCGGUACACACCGUACAUCAAGCAGGCAGGACUACUCCCGUGGAUUCAGUUGGCUGAGGCUGAUGUAGAGGAGGGAGAAGAGAAGAAGAAGAGGGAAAGGAAAGCAGCUGGAGCUGCUUUCACGUGGAUUCAAACUCACUUUGCGACGUGCCCUCCGGAUGCCACUGAUGAUGUGAUCCAGACACAUGCUCGUGUCUACAUGUGGUAUGUUGUGUCAAGGACUUUGUUUCCUGACUCCACUGGCAAGAACGCUCCAUGGAUGUGGCUGAAGGCAUUGACCGUCUUCGAUAGCAAAUGGAGCUGGGGUUCAGCGACUCUUGUCUACUUGUAUCGACAGCUGGACGAUGCGUGUUGCAGGAUCACAGAUAGUGCAGGCAUUGGUGGUAAUAUGAUUCUACUUUCUGUAUGGAGCUGGGAGCGUCUGCCUGUUGGACGCCCGAAGAGCGUCAGGUUUAAUCCUUGGUAUGAAGAUGAACAUGACGAAUUAUGGCGCCCCACUUGGGCUUACAAGUGGGAUGUGGUUUCCGAGAUGACGAACGAUGUCAAUCUCAUGUACCAGAAGUACGUUGCCGAGUUGGACAUGAUUACGCCUGAGCAGCCUCACCCGCCGGAAUGGGUGGAUACGGACAAAGCACUUCAUAGUAACUACAUACGAUGGCUUCUUGAAAAUACUCGAGUUGAGAUAUGCCCGCCAGCAUAUAAUGAGGAUAUUAUUGAAGAACCCGUAAACUUUGAGGAUCUAUCAAAGGGGAAGUACAACAGAGAUGUCAGGGUAGGGCAAGGAGUCCCUGCUGUUCCGGUGAUUAACUAUGUGCUUGAUGAAGACAUGACUUUGGCGGACGCUCAACUUCGGUCCCCAUAUGUGUUCAAGCCUAGGCAGCCCAGACGCCAGUACACGCCCAACGACUUUGACAACAGAGGCAACCCAAAGGUGGUCGUAGGGACCUCGCGGAUGGCUAGCUUGGAUGAUGAGGCGGAGGCGGAGGCGGAGGAGGAAGUGCAGGAAGAGGAGCCUCGUCCACCCAAGAAGAAGAAGAUUGCCUGCAGGCGUGGCACCAGGAACACACGCGGAAGUUUGGCAGUUAACAACACUGCAGCGCCCAACAGACAGGCGCUGCACAGUACUGUGUGA